AUGUCUGUCACCCUCCACACCACGCGCGGUGAUAUCAAGCUCGAGGUUUUCUGCGAAUCCGUGCCCAAGACCGCCGAAAACUUCCUCGCCCUGUGUGCCUCCGGCUUCUACAAUGGCAGUCCCUUCCACCGCUUGAUCCCCAACUUCAUGGUGCAGACCGGCAGCCCAGCUUCCGAUCCCAAGUCCAAGACCUCUACUUCCAUCUACGACACCGCCGACCAGUUAUUUGAGGACGAGAUCCGCCCCGCCCUGCGACACAAUGCGAAAGGAAUUCUGAGCAUGGCGAACAAAGGCCCCAACUCAAAUGGGAGCCAGUUCUUCGUCACGUUUGCGCCCGCGCCACACCUCGAUGGUAAGAACACUGUUUUUGGGAAAGUGCUCGAAGGCGAAGAUGUCUUGGACCAGCUCGAGACGCUGGAGGUGGACAAGAAGUUUAGACCAAAGGAGCGGGUGGAAAUCAAGAACGUCACCAUGCAUGCGAACCCCUUGGCUGGAUGA